AGGAAGCAUCGUACGUGUCGAAGGCCGGACGAACGGAACCUUCACAGUCCGUUUUUCGGUGUUAGUCUUGUGGAUUACUGGGUUGGAUAAAAUUAAAAGGAGAUAAGAUGGUUCGCAGUUUGGCCCAGUGGACGAAAACGCUGAGCUUCCCCGCCAGGAUAUCGCCGAAUAAGAGUUCGAAGGACAGUGUUAACAUACACCAAGUCAGUCCUACUAUAACUCCGACGCUGAGUAAUAAUUCCUUGUCUAAAAACAACGAAAUUAACACCAUGAUGAACAACAACCAUUCAUCCUUGACUGAAGUUAACCAAAUAUAUUCCGACCCAGAGUCUGAGAAGGCUAUUAUGAGCUCUGUAGUCUAUUGCAUCCAUCACAAGGAGGGUUGCAAGUGGUCUGACGAACUUAGGAAAUUGAAGGGUCACCUGAACACUUGCAAACACGACGCCAUACCGUGCACGAGUAAGUGUGGCGCCCAAAUCCCCAGAGUGUUGAUGGAAGAUCACCUGAAGUACACCUGCCCUCAGAGAAGAACCAGGUGCGAAUUUUGCAACAAGGAAUUCACUGGACAUUCCUUAGAAAACCACGUGGGAAACUGCGGCUACGAGCCGCUCUACUGCGAAAACAAGUGCGGGGUCAAAGUCCACAGACGUCACCUCAGCCAGCACAAACUAGGAGACUGCUCCAAGAGGCUCCUACCCUGUAGGUACUGCACCAAGGAGUUCGUGGCUGACACUCUGGCCGCGCACCAUAUAAAGUGUGGAAGGGUUCCUAUUCAGUGCCCCAAUAGGUGCGACGUCAACGUCUUGGCUAGAGAAGACCUCGAAACUCACUUGAAGGAAGAGUGUACCGUCUCAGUACAUAGCUGCAGCUUCAAGGAAGCCGGGUGUAGGUUCAAGGGCCCGAGGUACGCCAUGGAAAAACACCUGGAGGAGAACUGCCAGCAGCAUUUGACUCUGAUGUGCAAUGUGGUGUCCAAGCAACAGCACCAGAUUAGUUCAUUGAAGAGCGCCUUGUCCAGGUUGUCACUGAAUUAUUCCGGGACUCUGAUCUGGAAGAUUAGCGAUUUUUCUGCGAAGAUGGCCGAAGCCAAGAACAAGGAAGGCAUGGAGCUGGUUUCCCCACCAUUUUAUACUAGUCAGUAUGGAUACAAACUCCAGGCAUCUCUCUUCCCCAAUGGAAAUGGCGCCGGUGAAGAUUCCCACAUCUCCGUCUACAUAAAAAUCCUCCCAGGCGAGUAUGACGCUUUGCUGCGCUGGCCUUUCGCUCACUCCGUCUCCUUCACCCUCUUCGACCAGUCCACUUGUCCGGAAAAGGCGUGCAAUAUCGUCGAGAGUUUCAUUCCAGACCCCACGUGGAAGAACUUCCAGAGGCCCAGCCGAGAGCCCGAUUCUCUCGGUUUCGGAUUCCCCAAGUUUGUCUCGCAUGAAAUGCUGAAGAAGAGGCAUUUCAUGAAGGAUGACACAAUGUUCAUAAGGGUGAAAGUAGACCCCAGUAAGAUUGUUGCCGUAUGAAUGCUGCGUCUUUGUUAAUUUUGUUGAUCUCAUUGUGAUUUGUACAUAGUGUAAAAAUGUACAUAGAUUUUCAGAUGUAUCGUUAUAUUUGAUGAAGACUGUAUAUUGUAUGAUUCUACGUAUGGUUUCUUUGGGGUUUCUCUAUGAGUGUGUUGAGGUGAGGUUUGUAUACUUUUUUGUGUUCUUGGGGAAGGUUUUUUAAUACAACUCAACACAAUUGUUUUUGCAAAUUCCAAAAAAGCUCAUCUUCUUUUUUUUGUUUGAAGCUAAACUGUAGUUUAAAUUAGUCUACUUCAAUAUUUCCUUCUCUUGUGUUUGAAUGUGUUUUUGUAUAAGACUAUAUUAUACUAUAACUUAUAAGGUUAAAAAUCUCUAAUUUGUUCAAUAACUCGUCCAAAGUGACACUUUAUUUCGUGUUAGGUGUGUUAAUUUGGAUAACAUUGUUUCUUUUUGUAUGAUAGCGAUAUAUUGCAUUUUUGUUUUUGGUAUUUUUAUAAAGAGAGGUUAGGUUGCUCAGGAAAUUUGUAAAAAGUGUCAAAAUUAUAUGUGUGUAUUUUUUUGUGAUAGCUGGAGAACACCAAAGUUUUGUUUAUACUAUUUUUGUAAAUAUAGCAUCUAAUGGCAAAAUGUACUCUGUACGUAUACUUAGUCAGUUCUAGGUUAAUUUUAUACUCUUACUACAUACCUUUGAGUUUAUUAAUAAACGAAUAUGGUAAACAU